CAGGCAGGCCUAGCUAGCCAAUGGCAGUCAUCAUGAAGGUGGUCGUCUUCCUCCUGGUCCUCGCCGUGCUGAUGGCACCGUUCCCGGCGGCCGCCGACAUCUUCUGUGACAACGUGAAGGUUGUCGCGGACGCCCUCCCCAAGAACACCUCCGCCUCCGCUGUGCACUUCGCCACCUCCACUGUCGGCCAGGCUCCCAACGUCGUCUACGCCAUGUCUUUCUGCCGCGGCGACAUCGUCAACGACACCGCCUGCGCCGAAUGCGUGGCCAGCACCUUCGCGAGGAUAUUCCGUGAGACGCCGCCGGAGCUGGAGUGCUACAGGGACGCCUCUUACUUCGUCGACUGCCCCGUCUUCUACUCCGGCGACAACGACACCCUCGCCCCCUUCAGUGCCACGGACGAGCAGGAGCCCUUUGAGCGCUGGAACAUCAACGUCAUCACCGGCGACGACGCCGGCCGCAUCGUUGGCCUCAUCCGCGAGCUGCUCGUCCAGACCGUGCAGAGGGCGGCUAGCGCGGCGCCGCUGCGGUUCGCGACCGGCACCAUGGACAGCGGCACCAACUUCCCGAUGGUCUACUCGCUGGCGCAGUGCACGCCGGACCUGUCCGCCGGCGACUGCCUGGCGUGCCUGCAGCGCCUCGUGGGCAAGAUCAACGCCACCAUGGCGCUGCGCAUGGGCGCGCAGAUCCACGUCAUGCGCUGCUACUUCAGGUACGAGGCCUACGUGUUCUACGACGGCCAGCCCAUGCUGCGGAUCAACGGCUCGCUAUCGCCGGCGCCGACGCCAGAGCCGACGACCACUCCGACAAAGCGCAAGAGCAAGCUGUGGGUGAUUCCCGUUGUCGCGGUUCCUCUGCUAGCGGCGGCAUCGCUCUGCUUCGUCUUCUACUCCCCAUGCUUCAAAAGGUACAGGCGGAAAGGUAAAGCGACGAGGGCAGGAUCAAGGCGUACUCAGGACGAGGACGAGCUCGUUUUGGACGGCAAGAAUUCAGACUUCUCGGUGUUCGACUUUGAACAGAUUCUGGAUGCCACAGACAAUUUUGCGGAAGAAAACAAACUUGGGCAAGGUGGAUUCGGCGCUGUAUACAAGGGCCAUUUCCCUGAUGGACUGGAGAUAGCAAUCAAGAGACUUGCUUCACACUCAGGGCAAGGUUUCACCGAGUUCAGGAAUGAAGUCCAGCUCAUAGCCAAGCUCCAGCACAGGAACCUCGUUAGGCUCUUGGGGUGUUGCUCUCAGGAAGACGAGAAAAUAUUGGUCUAUGAAUACCUGCCCAACAAGAGCCUGGACUUCUUCAUCUUUGACCAAGAUAAAAGAGCUUUACUGGAUUGGUCCAAACUUCUGGCAAUCAUUGAAGGAAUAGCACAUGGACUUCUCUACCUACAGAAGCACUCCCGUUUGCGCGUCAUACAUAGGGAUCUGAAACCAAGCAACAUCCUCUUGGAUGGCGAAAUGAAUCCAAAAAUUUCAGAUUUCGGGCUAGCAAAAAUAUUCAGCUCAAACAAUACCGAAGGAAACACUACAAGAAGAGUGGUCGGCACAUAUGGCUACAUGGCUCCGGAGUAUGCUUCGGAGGGCAUCUUCUCUAUCAAGUCCGAUGUAUUCAGCUUCGGUGUUGUUGUUCUUGAGAUACUUAGCGGAAAACGGAAUUCCGGGAGCCAUCAGUGUGGCGAUUUCAUUAAUCUCAUUGGAUAUUUGCAUGUAGGCAUGGCAACUAUGGGAAGAGGGAAGGUGGGCUGAUCUUGUUGAUGCAUCCUUGGUCCCCAAGAGUCACUCAGUAGAAAUGAUGCGGUGCAUUAACAUUGCAUUGUUGUGCGUACAAGAGAAUGCGGUCGAUCGACCCACUAUGGCAGAUGUUGUUGCACUUCUAAGCAGCGAGACUAUGGUUCUGGCCGAGCCAAAGCAGCCAGCAUAUUUUAAUGUGAGGGUGGGAAAUGAAGAAACAUCCAUUACUGGAACGGACUCUUGUAGUAUCAAUGAUGUCACCAUAUCCGUAACAACUCCAAGAUAGAUUUCUUUUCUGGUGUGAAACGGGGUUUUACUGUAUCACUACAAUAAGUGUAGUAGUAGUAACGAUACAAUAAGUGUUGUAUAGUGCACAAGUUUGAGGGUUGUUUCAAAUGUCAGGUUGUGCAUUUUCGAGAGAAUGAAAGAGGCUUCCUAGUUGGAGUACUAGUUGUUGUACCUAGUUUUAUUUUUUUCAAUUACUCCAUCUGUUUUUUUAGAGUAAAAAAUAUAUUAGGGGUCUCUAAACUUAUUCCGAUGUAUCAUCUAUGUCCUGAAACUAUUAAUUUGCAGUUUCAUUUGCCUGAA